ACGUGCGUACCGGAGUCAGGUUUUUCGACAUCGACAUCAGACGGACUGGCUCAGGCAUCUGGAGCUGGUCCGCAAAGUAUUUCGGUCAUAAACUGUUUCUAUUCUAACCUAAUUGUUGUGCCUACGGUCCCUUCUACUUCUAAAUGUGAACUUACAAACUUAUUUGAUUUUUCCCUUCUUAAUGCCAGAUCGGUUAGAAACAAGACUAUGAUUAUUAAAGAUUUUGUUGUGGAUAAAGAUACUGAUAUUCUUGCUUUGACGGAAACUUGGCUCCCUCCAAGUGGGAACGAUUUGAUUAUUGGGGAUCUAUGCCCAACAGGUUAUAGUUUUCUGCAUACACCGAGACAUGGAUCAAUCGGUGGGGGCGUUGGUCUCUUAUUCAAGGAAAGUCUUAAUAUUAAGCGUAAUGUACAGGAGGUAUUUAGGUCAUUUGACUACCUUGACAGUUCUUUUUUGAACUUUCUACAUAUUAGAAUUAUUGUUGUAUAUCGGCCGCCUCCUUCAUCGGCUAACUCAUUGACAUCUACUCUAUUCUUUGAAGAGUUCUCAUCCUUUUUGGAAGGAAUUAUUGUAUCACCUGGGCAACUCUUGAUAGCUGGAGAUUUCAAUUUUCAUCUGGACAAUCCUAAUGACCCUCUUACCAAACGGUUCGUGGAUCUUCUCGCUUCCUUUGAUUUGAAGCAGUACAUUUCUGGAUCAACACAUGCAAGUGGUCACACACUGGAUUUAAUUAUAACGCGAUCUGAAGAAAACAUUGUUAACCAUUACAACAUCUUCGAUCCUCUGAUUUCUGAUCAUUCAGUUGUGCAUUUACAACUAUUGAUUAGGAAACCGAAGUUUGUGAAGAAACAUUUGCUUCUUCGUAAUUUGCGGGCGGUUAAUAUUCAUAAAUUCAAAACGGAUGUACUAAAUUAUUUUCUUCUUAAGAAUUUUACGACUAUGGAUUUGGUAUCAUUGGUGAAUGAGUAUGAUUGUCUUCAUACUAUCUUAGAUAACCAUGCACCGAUUAAAUCCCGGGAAAUUACAGUGCGCCCUAAGGCACCCUGGUAUACUAACGAAAUCAAUGAUAAGAAACGAAUUCGGAGACAACUUGAGAGAAAAUGGCAUAAAACAAGGACGAAUGCUGAUUGGAAUCGCUAUAAACAACAAUGUUAUGCUGUAAAUAAACUUAUCGACUCCUCAAAAUCGGCUUACUAUACCGACUUAAUUAAUAAUGGAUCAUCUGAUCAAAAACCCCUUUUCAAGACUGUAAGCAAUUUGCUGCAUACAAAUACGAUUAUUCGCUAUCCAUCUUCUCCUGACCCAAUGUCACUUGCCAACUCAUUUAGUGAUUUCUUCACUCAGAAAAUUGUUAAAAUACGAGGUGAUAUCGAAGAUGAACUCUUGAGUAAAAACAUAGAAACUCCUAUACCUGAUGCUGAUUCAUGUCCUUAUGAAUUUCACACCUUCAGGGAGGUUGGAAAAGACGAAGUGCUCCAUUUAAUCCAACGUAUCGCAACUAAAUCCUGUUCUCUGGAUCCACUCCCGGUGGUCAUGCUAAAUCACUGUUUUAAUGACAUCUUACCCUUGUAGCUAGAAUAAUCAACCUCUCCUUGGAAAGUGGUACAAUGCCUGACUCUUUGAAGAUUGCUGUUGUUCAACCGUUAUUAAAAAAGUACAAUCUUUCCUAUGAAGAAUUCUGCAGUUUUCGUCCAAUAUCAAAUCUGAAAUUUGUCUCGAAAUCUAUUGAGAAAGCAGUUGCUGUUCAAUUAACUGAUUAUCUUACUGAAAAUCAUCUACAUGAGAAAUUCCAGUCUGCUUAUAAACCUUGUCAUAGUACUGAAACAGCGCUAUUGAGGGUUCAAAAUGAUAUCCUUCAAGCUCUAGAUAACGGUGAUUCUGUUAUUCUUGUCCUACUGGAUCUGUCGGCGGCUUUUGACACCGUGGAUCAUUUAAUGUUAUUAACAAGACUAUCGAAACGCUUUGGCAUAAGGGGUCGUGUGUUGGAUUGGCUUACCUCGUACCUUACAUCCAGGAAACUGUUUAUUCGUGUUGAGGGAACUGAUUCGUUAUUGAGUGAUCUUGAUUGUGGUGUCCCUCAGGGAUCUGUGUUGGGUCCUCUGUUGUAUUCACUCUAUACUGCCCCUCUCGCGGAUGUGGCUAGGCGCCACAAUCUGCGCUUUCACUUUUUUUCUGAUGAUGGGCAACUUUACAUUGCAUUCAAAACGAAUGAUCGUGAUGAUUUAAUAUCAUCUAAGAUCCGUAUGGAGAAAUGUAUACUUGAAUUGGGAAACUGGUUGAUGUUGAAUAAAUUGAAACUAAAUAGUGGCAAAACGGAGCUUAUAUUAGUCCAUUCACGCUAUCAUCUGAUGCCUCCCUUAAAUUAUAUCAUGGUGGGAAAGGAAAAAAUCGUGCCAACUGUUUCAGCAAGAAAUCUGGGGGUGAUUUUUGAUGAGUGGAUCAGAUUGGGCGAACAUAUUAAUGGUAUCUGCAAGUCAGCUUACUACCAUAUUAGGAAUAUUUCAAGAAUUAAGAAGUAUCUACCUCGAAAUUGCUUAGCAAAUAUUUGCUUCAGAAGCUUCAGAGAGUCCAAAAUACUGCAGCUCGUUUAUUAACUGAUACUAAGAAAUCGGCGCAUAUCACCCCAGUUCUUAUCGAAUUGCAUUGGUUACCUGUCCAAUACCGUAUUCAAUUCAAGAUUAUACUUCUUGUCUACAAAGCUGUUAAUGAUCUUGCUCCAUCGUAUCUGAAGGAACUUAUGCUGUGUCGUACUUCGCAGCGUACUCUUCGAUCAAAUGGAAAUGAAUUGCUCCAGAUUCCUUAUUCUAGACUAAAGACAUACGGAGACAGAUCGUUCUGUGUUGCUGGACCAAAAUUGUGGAAUGAUUUACCUGUUCAUCUUCGGAUGUCUGAAUCAUUAACCAUUUUUAAGAAGUUUCUUAAAACAUAUCUUUUUAACUUGUUUUUAAAUAGUGUAUGAUGUAUUCUAUAGUUUUAACAUUCUUAACACUAGUUUUAAGAUUGGAUUUUGUAUUACUGUAAAGCGCCUAGAACAGUCUUGGUUUGUGCGCUAUAUAAAUGUUUAUUAUUAUUAUUAUUAUUAAUCACUAUUCUCUAAUCGUAUCAAAGUUGGAUACAAGUUUUUCAGUUUGGAUACCAAUUUUGAAGUGCUGGUAUCCUUAAUGGAUACCACCGGAAAAUUCUAAUAUCAAACCCUGGAGGAGGCAUUAGGUUAAAAAUUGGGAACACUGCUAAAUUUGGGGAACAAAUUCAAGUCCCGGAUAUAAAAUCUCAUUGGCUGAUUUGAAACUCCUCACCAAUGCACAUCCGGGACUAAUGAUCUCCCCCAAUAGCCGCGUUCCCUUUUUUGACUGAAUUAAGAUUACAAUGCCUCCUCUUGUGUUAUUUAUAAUUUAAUACUCCCAUCCAGAAAGUAUGUCACUUUGGGUAUGGGAGCCUUGUAUUCUUGUAUUGUGACAUUAGUUAAAGCCUAACUUCUCAAUCAACUUUCUGGAAGCGACUGACUAUAACCCAUAGAAGCUUUAACCGUAACCUGACCCAACUUUUUAAAACUUGUUAUUUUCAGAUAUUCCACCAUUUUAUAAAGUUCCAUCUACCAGUUAUGGGUUGCCGGAAAAUACUCCCAUAACACUCAAGAUCAUUUAUUUUGACCCGUCCGAACUUUGUGGAUUUGGUGCAAAGCCAACAGAUAAUCUUCAGUUUGUUAUCCAACACUACAAAGAGUAUGAUUCGAAAUGUUUUUAUCUGGGUCAGGUAAGUGGCCUUUGUGAAUGUCAGACACUAUUCAAUAUCAUGUGAUCAUAAAAUAAUCAACCAAUUAAAAGACUAGUCGUUCACACUUAAUACGCCAUGGUUUCUAAACGAAACGAGAUGAAAACGGCGCGCUUGACAUGGGACAGCUUCCUGUGAACACAAACGCCGUUACUUUUUUGAACCGCUUGCAAACCAAGCAUCUUGAGCUCUCACGAAACAGUAAAAUCGAAUGCUUUUCGUUUAAAUUUCUUUGCUCUAUAUGAAAUAUUUUGGGUUUACAUGAGUGCUAAUUUAUGGCAAUGGCACAAUGACUGUAAUGGCGCAAUGUGAACACACAUAAAUUCUCUUGGCGUUAUUUUGCUCAAGUGUAGUGUGAACAUACGUUGACAGCAAAUUUUUGGUCUGCGAAGCCUGCUGCCCGGAAGAAAAAUAUUUUAUCAAGGCUUGAGCAUCACCUCCGGUGAAAUGGCGGACUGUGAUUCUGGGAACGAGACGAGUCUCUACAGCCCAACCAGUGAUGAGCGACACUCAUCUAUAUUCGGGUGGGCUUAUAUUCGGAGGUUUACCGCAUUGAAAAUUUGAAAAUUAUAAUUUAAUUUCUUAUUAAGAGGAGUUUUUUUGUAUGUUACGUAACACGCGCUCAAAACUAAUGCGUAUAAUAUAUCGCUUGAGGUUAUGACUAAAUUCAAAAUUUUUAUUUUUCGAUACGUUUCUCAAUCGGCAAACAAACCCAAAAAGUAUGUUUAGUGUUUUAUCUGUAAAAUAAUGUCAAAAUGAAGAGAUUUUAGAUGAUACGCCAAAGAGAAAAUGAUGUCUGAAGUUCAGUAUAAAUAUGUUCAGUUAUAAAUGCCAUAUAUAAUAAACUUUUUAUAACCUCGUGUGCUCGGUCUUGUUAUAUUGUAAGAAACAAUAUAGAUAUGUAAUGUGAACGUUAAUACUUAUAGGAAACUAUUAUGAAAUAUAUACAUCGCUUCAUCUAUGCCUCGUGUCUCUGUGUCUGUCCUUUCCCGUAA